CUCCAUCCCUAGCGGAGCUCUGUUGGAGUCUGGGCUGCCUUCGGACUAUGGGAUUACAAAGCAGCUCGUAGCCCGCUCCUCGCUCCAGCUCCCGGGCGAGCAGAGCCCCUUAUGAAAGCAGGGCUGCCAAGCCAGAGAUGUCCGACAAGAUGUCAAGUUUCUUGCACAUUGGAGACAUUUGUUCUUUGUAUGCUGAAGGCUCAACAAAUGGAUUUAUCAGCACUUUGGGACUUGUGGACGAUCGGUGUGUUGUACAGCCAGAAGCAGGUGAUCUUAACAGCCCUCCUAAGAAAUUCAGGGAUUGCCUCUUUAAAUUAUGCCCUAUGAACCGCUACUCUGCACAGAAGCAGUUUUGGAAAGCUGCAAAGCCAGGAGCAAACAGCACAACUGAUGCAGUGUUGCUCAACAAACUGCAUCAUGCAGCAGAUUUGGAGAAGAAGCAGAAUGAGACAGAAAAUAAGAAGCUGCUGGGUACAGUUAUCCAAUAUGGCAAUGUUAUUCAGCUUUUGCACUUAAAAAGCAACAAAUACUUGACAGUAAAUAAAAGGCUUCCAGCUCUGCUAGAGAAGAAUGCUAUGAGGGUGACGCUGGAUGAAGCUGGUAAUGAGGGUUCUUGGUUUUAUAUACAGCCAUUCUACAAAUUGCGUUCCAUAGGAGACAGUGUGGUCAUAGGUGACAAAGUGGUCUUGAAUCCUGUGAAUGCCGGGCAGCCCCUGCAUGCCAGCACUCAUCAACUAGUGGACAAUCCUGGCUGCAAUGAAGUGAACUCUGUGAAUUGUACUACGAGCUGGAAAAUUGUCCUUUUUAUGAAAUGGAGUGAUAAUAAAGAUGAUAUCCUAAAAGGGGGGGAUGUAGUGAGGUUGUUCCAUGCAGAGCAGGAAAAGUUUCUGACUUGUGAUGAACACAGAAAAAAACAGCAUGUCUUUCUAAGAACGACUGGCAGACAAUCUGCUACUUCUGCAACUAGCUCAAAAGCCCUGUGGGAAGUUGAGGUAGUACAACAUGAUCCUUGUCGAGGUGGAGCAGGGUAUUGGAAUAGCCUUUUUCGAUUCAAACAUCUCGCCACUGGACAUUAUUUGGCAGCAGAGAUGGAUCCUGACCAGGAUGCAGUGAGAAGGGGAUUGCAUAAUGCUCCGGAGAAGAUGGCAUACUCUCUGGUUUCUGUACCGGAAGGGAAUGAUAUAUCUUCCAUCUUUGAACUUGAUCCCACUACUUUGCGAGGGGGGGACAGCCUUGUUCCAAGGAACUCCUAUGUCAGACUUAGACAUCUGUGUACAAAUACCUGGGUCCAUAGCACCAAUAUCCCCAUUGAUAAAGAAGAAGAAAAACCUGUGAUGCUUAAAAUUGGUACCUCUCCAGUAAAAGAGGAUAAAGAAGCUUUUGCUAUUGUACCAGUUUCUCCUGCUGAAGUUCGGGACUUGGACUUUGCAAACGAUGCAAGCAAAGUAUUGGGCUCCAUUGCUGGCAAGCUUGAAAAAGGAACAAUAACCCAGAAUGAAAGGAGAUCUGUUACCAAGUUGCUUGAAGAUCUGGUAUAUUUUGUUACCGGUGGAACAAAUUCUGGACAAGAUGUGCUUGAAGUGAUGUUCGCAAAGCCAAAUCGAGAGCGGCAAAAGCUAAUGAGGGAGCAAAACAUUCUGAAACAGAUCUUCAAGUUAUUGCAAGCACCAUUUACUGACUGUGGAGAUGGACCAAUGUUGAGACUGGAAGAACUUGGAGAUCAGCGUCAUGCUCCUUUCAGACACAUAUGCCGUCUUUGUUAUAGAGUAUUGAGACACUCCCAGCAGGACUACAGGAAGAAUCAGGAAUACAUAGCCAAGCAGUUUGGCUUUAUGCAGAAACAAAUUGGCUACGAUGUCUUGGCAGAAGACACUAUAACAGCAUUGCUCCAUAACAAUCGCAAACUGCUAGAGAAGCAUAUCACUGCUGCUGAGAUCGAUACUUUUGUUAGUCUUGUAAGAAAAAACAGAGAGCCCAGGUUCUUGGAUUACCUCUCAGAUCUUUGUGUUUCCAUGAACAAAUCUAUUCCAGUGACGCAGGAACUGAUUUGUAAAGCUGUGUUAAACCCUGCAAAUGCAGAUAUACUCAUUGAAACCAAGCUGGUCCUGUCUCGGUUUGAAUUUGAAGAACUGUCAUCUGGAGAAAACUCAUUGGAGGUUGGUGAGGAUGAGGAAGAAGUCUGGUUAUUCUGGAAAGACAGCAACAAAGAGGUCCGCAGUAAGAGUAUCAGAGAGCUGGCUCAGGAUGCUAAAGAAGGGCAGAAGGAAGACCGGGAUGUACUCAGCUACUACAGGUACCAGCUGAAUCUUUUUGCCAGGAUGUGUCUUGAUCGGCAGUACUUGGCUAUAAAUGAAAUCUCUGGCCAGCUUGAUGUAGACCUCAUCCUUCGAUGCAUGUCUGAUGAAAAUCUGCCAUACGAUUUGAGGGCUUCCUUUUGCCGGCUGAUGCUGCACAUGCACGUUGACCGUGAUCCCCAAGAACAAGUAACCCCAGUGAAAUAUGCCCGAUUAUGGUCAGAAAUACCUUCUGAAAUUGCAAUUGAUGACUAUGAUAGCAGUGGAACUUCCAAAGAUGAAAUUAAAGAGAGGUUUGCACAGACCAUGGACUUUGUGGAAGAAUAUUUAAGAGAUGUUGUCUGCCAGAGAUUCCCUUUCUCUGAUAAAGAAAAAAACAAACUCACUUUUGAGGUGGUGAACUUGGCCAGAAACCUAAUUUAUUUUGGCUUCUACAAUUUUUGUGACCUCCUAAGACUAACAAAAAUCCUUCUGGCUAUUUUGGAUUGCGUACAUGUUGCCACUAUCUUUCCUAUAGCUAAAGUGGCAAAAGGAGAAGAAAGCAAAGGGAGCAAUGUGAUGAGAUCAAUUCAUGGAGUAGGAGAGCUGAUGACCCAAGUUGUACUCAGGGGUGGUGGGUUCUUGCCCAUAACACCACUUGCUGCUGCCCCAGAGGGUAAUGUGAAACAGGCUGAACCUGAGAAAGAGGACAUCUUGGUAAUGGACACUAAGCUGAAAAUUAUUGAAAUACUUCAGUUUAUUUUGAAUGUGAGAUUGGAUUACAGAAUCUCCUGCCUUCUGUGUAUAUUCAAACGCGAGUUUGAUGAAAGUAAUGCUCAGACACCUGAUUCUCCUACAGGAAGUAAUAACCAAGAGUUGCCCAAUGUACCAGGAGCACUUGACUUUGAACAUAUUGAAGAACAAGCAGAGGGCAUAUUUGGAGGUAGUGAAGAGAAUACACCACUAGAUUUGGAUGAUCAUGGUGGUAGAACUUUCCUUAGAGUAUUGCUUCACUUAACAAUGCAUGAUUAUCCUCCGCUUGUGUCUGGUGCACUUCAGCUACUCUUCAGGCAUUUUAGUCAGAGACAAGAAGUCCUUCAAGCCUUUAAGCAGGUUCAACUACUUGUUACCAGCCAAGAUGUUGACAACUACAAGCAGAUAAAGCAAGAUUUGGAUCAGCUAAGAUCUAUUGUGGAAAAAUCAGAGCUCUGGGUGUACAAAGGCCAGGGACCGGAUGAGACUAUGGAGGUUGCAGCUGGAGAAAAUGAGCAUAAGAAGAAGGAGGAAGGCCACAGCAAAUCCUGGAAACCUGAAAGUACUAGUAGCUAUAAUUACAGGGUUGUAAAAGAGAUUUUGCUUCGACUUAGCAAGCUUUGCGUCCAAGAGAGCAUCUUGGUCAGGAAAAGCCGAAAGCAGCAGCAAAGGUUACUCAGAAACAUGGGAGCGCACACUGUGGUUUUAGAACUCUUACAAAUCCCAUAUGAGAAAGCUGAGGAUACAAGGAUGCAGGAGAUCAUGAAACUUGCCCACGAGUUUCUGCAAAACUUCUGUGCUGGCAAUCAACAAAAUCAAGCCUUGUUGCACAAACAUAUAAAUCUGUUUCUGAACCCUGGGAUCUUGGAGGCAGUGACAAUGCAGCAUAUCUUCAUGAAUAAUUUCCAGCUUUGCAGUGAGAUAAAUGAGCGGGUGGUUCAGCACUUUGUGCACUGCAUUGAAACGCAUGGGAGGAAUGUCCAGUACAUAAAGUUCCUACAGACGAUAGUCAAGGCUGAGGGAAAAUUUAUUAAGAAGUGCCAGGACAUGGUCAUGGCUGAGCUUGUCAAUGCAGGAGAAGAUGUCCUUGUGUUCUACAAUGACAGAGCCUCUUUCCAGACUCUGGUGCAGAUGAUGAGAUCUGAGCGGGAUAGGAUGGAUGAGAACAGUUCUCUGAUGUAUCACAUCCAUUUAGUGGAACUGUUAGCGGUGUGUACUGAGGGCAAAAAUGUCUACACAGAAAUUAAGUGUAAUUCUCUUCUUCCUUUGGAUGAUAUUGUUAGAGUUGUAACCCAUGAGGACUGUAUACCUGAGGUUAAAAUUGCCUAUAUCAACUUCCUAAAUCAUUGCUAUGUAGACACAGAAGUUGAAAUGAAAGAAAUAUACACAAGCAAUCACAUGUGGAAGCUCUUUGAAAACUUCCUUGUUGACAUUUGCAGGGCUUGCAACAGCACUAGUGACAGGAAGCAUGCAGACCCCAUAUUAGAGAAGUACGUGACUGAAAUAGUGAUGAGUAUAGUUACGACCUUCUUCAGUUCUCCAUUCUCAGAUCAGAGCACCACUCUGCAGACUCGUCAACCUGUAUUUGUGCAACUGUUACAAGGGGUAUUCCGAAUAUACCACUGCAACUGGUUAUUGCCCAGCCAGAAAGCAUCAGUGGAGAGCUGCAUCAGAGUACUUUCAGAUGUAGCAAAAAGUAGAGCAAUUGCUAUCCCUGUUGACUUGGACAGUCAAGUCAACAACCUGUUCCUGAAAUCUCAUAACAUAGUACAAAAAACAGCAAUGAACUGGAGGAUGACUGCAAGGAAUGCUGCUCGGAGGGACUCCGUGAUGGCUGCUUCCAGGGAUUACCGCAACAUUAUUGAAAGAUUACAGGAUAUAGUCUCAGCUUUGGAAGAUCGUUUACGUCCCCUUGUCCAGGCUGAAUUAUCUGUACUGGUGGAUGUUCUUCAUCGACCAGAGCUGCUGUUCCCAGAGAAUACAGAUGCAAGAAGGAAAUGUGAAAGUGGAGGUUUCAUUUGCAAGUUAAUAAAACACACUAAACAGCUUCUGGAAGAGAAUGAGGAGAAACUGUGUAUUAAAGUAUUGCAGACGCUCAGGGAAAUGAUGACCAAAGACAGAGGUUAUGGAGAGAAGGGUGAAGCACUCAGACAGGUGUUAGUCAACCGUUACUAUGGCAAUGUCCGAACGACAGGAAGAAGAGAGAGCCUCACUAGCUUUGGCAAUGGCACCUUAUCUUCUGGAGGCCCUAGUAAAGCUGGAGGAGGAGGAGGUGGGUCUGGUUCUAGCUCAGCAAGCCGUGGUGAAAUGAGUUUGGCAGAAGUUCAGUGUCAUCUGGACAAAGAAGGGGCAUCCAACUUGGUCAUAGAUCUCAUCAUGAAUGCCACCAGUGAUCGAGUUUUUCAUGAGAGCAUUCUUCUAGCCAUUGCCCUUCUGGAAGGUGGUAAUACUACUAUUCAGCAUUCAUUUUUUUGUCGGCUAACAGAAGAUAAAAAAUCAGAAAAAUUCUUCAAAGUGUUUUAUGAUCGUAUGAAAGUAGCCCAGCAAGAAAUCAAAGCUACAGUCACAGUUAACACUAGUGAUUUGGGGAAUAAAAAGAAAGACGAUGACUCGGACAGGGAUGUACCUGCCCGCAGGAAAGUUUUGAGGGAACCCAUGACCCAAAUUACGGAGGAAGUACGAGAUCAGUUGGUCGAAGCCUCUGCUGUUACAAGGAAAGCAUAUAACACUUACAGGAGGGAAGCUGAUCCCGAUGACCAUUACUCAGCUGGGGAUGGAGCACAGUCUGCAACAGAUAAGAACAAGGAUGAGCUGGAGAUGAGUCCAUUGAUCACAAUAAUGCAACCCAUUCUGCGGUUCUUGCAGCUGCUGUGUGAAAACCACAAUCGGGACCUGCAGAACUUUCUACGUUGUCAAAACAACAAAACUAAUUACAACUUAGUAUGUGAGACUCUCCAGUUCCUGGAUUGUAUCUGCGGAAGCACAACUGGAGGGCUUGGACUACUUGGCCUGUACAUCAAUGAGAAGAAUGUAGCACUGAUAAACCAGACACUGGAAAGUUUGACAGAGUACUGCCAGGGACCCUGCCAUGAAAACCAGAACUGCAUUGCUACUCAUGAGUCCAAUGGCAUUGAUAUAAUCACGGCAUUAAUUCUUAAUGACAUCAAUCCUCUGGGGAAGAAGAGGAUGGAUCUUGUAUUAGAACUGAAGAACAAUGCCUCUAAGUUACUUUUGGCAAUAAUGGAAAGCAGACAUGACAGUGAGAAUGCAGAAAGAAUCCUCUAUAACAUGAGACCCAAAGAACUGGUGGAAGUGAUAAAGAAGGCUUAUCUGCAAGGAGAAGUUGAAUUUGAGGAUGGAGAGAAUGGGGAAGAUCUUGCUGCAUCCCCCAGAAAUGUGGGGCACAAUAUUUACAUAUUAGCCCAUCAGCUGGCUCGUCAUAACAAAGAGUUGCAGAACAUGUUGAAGCCUGGAGGUCAAGUAGAAGGAGAUGAAGCUUUGGAAUUCUAUGCCAAGCACACAGCUCAGAUCGAGAUUGUUCGAUCAGAUCGUACUAUGGAGCAAAUAGUCUUCCCUGUACCCAGUAUAUGUGAAUUCCUCACCAAGGAAUCAAAACUACGGAUAUACUACACCACAGAAAGGGAUGAGCAAGGUAGUAAAAUAAAUGACUUCUUCUUGAGAUCAGAAGACCUAUUCAAUGAAAUGAACUGGCAAAAGAAGCUAAGAGCUCAGCCUAUUUUGUAUUGGUGCUCACGCAACAUGUCAUUCUGGAGCAGCAUUUCAUUUAACCUUGCAGUCCUCAUGAAUCUACUUGUAGCAUUUUUUUAUCCAUUUAAAGGAAUCAAAGGAGGUACUCUUGAGCCCCACUUAUCAGGCUUACUCUGGACAGCUAUGCUAAUAUCAUUGGCCAUUGUCAUUGCCUUACCUAAACCUCAUGGCAUUAGAGCUUUAAUUGCUUCUACAAUAUUACGGCUAAUAUUUUCAGUAGGUUUACAGCCUACAUUAUUUCUCCUGGGAGCUUUCAAUGUUUGUAACAAAAUAAUAUUUCUGAUGAGUUUUGUUGGUAACUGUGGAACGUUCACUAGAGGAUAUAAAGCCAUGAUCAUGGAUGUUGAAUUCCUUUACCAUCUACUGUACCUUCUUAUUUGUGCAAUGGGGCUGUUUGUUCAUGAAUUUUUCUACAGUUUGCUGCUUUUUGACUUGGUGUACAGAGAGGAGACCUUGUUGAAUGUCAUUAAAAGUGUCACUCGCAAUGGACGCUCCAUUAUCUUGACUGCUGUUCUUGCUCUUAUCUUGGUUUACCUGUUCUCAAUAGUGGGCUACCUGUUCUUCAAGGAUGACUUUAUCUUGGAAGUAGAUAAAUUGCCUAAUGAAACAUUAUUGCCAGAUCAACACACUGAAACUAGUGAAAAAAUGACCAGGGAGUUCCUGUAUUCCGAUGUAUGUAGAAUAGAGAACGGGGAAAACUGUUCUUCAGUUGUUCCUUCAGCAGAGCUGAUUUCUGAAGAAGCUGAGGAAGAGGAUAAGGAGCAUACAUGUGAGACAUUGCUGAUGUGCAUUGUUACUGUGCUUAGCCAUGGCCUGCGGAGUGGGGGUGGAGUAGGAGACGUGCUCAGGAAACCGUCCAAAGAGGAACCACUUUUUGCUGCAAGGGUGAUCUAUGACCUUCUCUUCUUCUUCAUGGUGAUCAUUAUUGUCCUCAACUUGAUUUUUGGUGUUAUUAUUGACACAUUUGCUGAUCUCAGAAGUGAGAAACAGAAGAAAGAAGAAAUAUUAAAAACAACUUGCUUUAUUUGUGGUCUGGAAAGAGACAAGUUUGAUAACAAGACAGUCACUUUUGAAGAGCACAUUAAAGAGGAGCACAACAUGUGGCACUAUUUGUUCUUCAUUGUCUUAGUCAAAGUAAAGGACUCCACUGAAUAUACAGGCCCUGAAAGUUACGUGGCAGAAAUGAUAAAGGAAAGAAAUCUGGAUUGGUUCCCACGGAUGCGUGCCAUGUCACUUGUGAGUAGUGAUGCUGAAGGAGAACAGAAUGAACUUAGAAAUUUGCAAGAAAAGCUUGAAUCUACAAUGAAGCUGGUAUCCAACCUUUCUAGUCAGCUGUCUGAGCUUAAAGAUCAGAUGACAGAACAGAGGAAGCAAAAGCAGCGUAUUGGUCUCCUAGGACAUCCUCCUUCUAUCAAUGUGAACCCACAGCAACCAGCAUAGAUUGGAUGGGUAGCUUGUCCUCCACACCCACUUCAUAACAAGAGCUGAGAUUCAACCCUUAAAGCUGCUUCUGUGUAUGUGUAGCUCAUUAUGUAAAUAACCCUGGGUUUUAUACUGUAUGUAUAGGAUUACCAUGGGAAAGAAUGGGUUUAUGUAUAUUGGCACAUCCUGGGAGGCUGGUACAUUCGUGCCAAAAAUACCUUUUAUAGGAAUGAGUGUGGGGUGGACCUGACUUGCACUUGAAGAUUAUUGACUAAAAUAGUAUGUGAUCUGUAUUUUGUAUUUAAAUUUCAGGUAACUAGUAUUUAUGUUUUUUCUACAGUCGUGCAAUAUGAAUUAUGCAAUCACACUCUAUGUGUUACUUACUCCUGUGUGUCCUAAAGGGAGUGGACAUCUUUGAGUCUGGUGUCGUCUUAUAAAUGGCAUCGAAUGACAGCCAAGCAAGGCUGCUGCCAAACUAUGGUCCAAGGAAGGGCUCAUUCUCCAGGGCAUUUUUUAACAUAUAGAAUUCCAAGAGGUUGACAUAUCUUGUCGAUAGUGGCAGUUGUGCCUUUUCUCUUCCCCCCCCCCCCCCCCCCGCAAUUCCUCCAGAUCAUAUUCCUUUAAAACAAUAAUAAUUAUUCCCUAAAUGUUCUAGUGAUAUUUCUCUCCUGGUUUGCAUUGGCUUAGUCAACAGUUCCAUUUAAAUCCCAGACAGACUGUGAAAGAGGCUUACAUGUUCCUUUCAUGAAGAAAUCAGAAUUCCCAAAGGAAACUUUUUCUCUUUGUAUAAAGGACAGCUGGGAUGGUUGUACACUGCUGGCAGAUCAGUGUAAUCUUCUAGAGGGGUUUUGUGCCAUAUUGGUUUAUAAGAGCUGGCAGGCUCUACCACCUCAGACCAUAUCUAUACACUUUACUAUUGUGUGUGUGUGUGUUUUUACUGAAGAAUAUUCCUCUCAGCCAUUCACUGCACCUACUGAAGUAUGAACUAUUCCUUUUAGGAUUCCUAGCUGAGCACUGAUUUUGUAGUACUUGCCAUUGCAAAAGAGCCACUGGGCAUGGAUCAUGUUUUAGUUUUUCUUCCAUCUUGAUCACUUAUCUUUCUUUUUGUUGUUCUGGAAAGCUAAAAAUAUGAAAUGUUUUUAUAUACAUGUAAGUGUGUAUAUAUAUAUAUAUAUAUAUGUAUAUAUAUAUAUCUGGCACCUAGUUUUGUAUGUGGUCUUCAUUUUACAGAGGCUAUCUCUCUGCUUUUUUAAAGAAGCAGAAUUAAUGAAAAGAAUGCUUAUUAAAGUUUGUAAAUGCAUAAAUACAAAGAUAUUUAAAUAAAUGAUGAUGGAAUAAUG